AUGAGCAGCUUACAUUUCCCAUUAUGGAGAGAGCAACAGAGCCUCUUUAAUUUAUCAUGCGCCGAUGCUGAGACAUGUAGUCAGCUAUCCAACGUGGAAAACCCAGUAUCGCAACUCCAUCGUCGCAACGUUGAUCUUGGUGGCAAGAAAAUGGCUAUUCCGCGACUUGCGGAAGGUGCUGAGUCGGCUUUCACCUCACCUGGUAGAUUUCAUCGUCGACAUGUUCGUCGAGCUUGCGAGUCUUGCAGACAGCGAAAGACGAAGUGUACUGGCGACAAGUCUGGAUGUCGCAACUGCAGAGAAGCUGGAAUCAUCUGUUGCUAUACUGAUGGCAAAAGAGAAAAGUCCAAACGACAACUUGCGAGCUUGUCGGCAAAGGUACACGCCUAUGAAGAUGUUAUCAGCAAGCUAAGCAACCGCUUUGGAGUCUCCGAUGAGCAGCUUGUGAACAUAGCCCUAGCAGCGGACUCGGCCCCGGACGUGGCCCUCAACCCAGAUGCAUCUCUUACAGCAGGGGGAGACCAAAGAGUCAUCCUUUGGCGCUCUGGCUCUGAGCCACAAACCUCCCGAGCUUCAUCAGUUAGUCCUCUGGAAUCUGGAGGCCAGACAGAGGAAGACUUCAACAGAAAUGAAACUGCACGGGCAACAGGAUUCAUCGGAAAAAGCUCCGAAAUCACUUGGCUUCAGCGGCUCAGCAAAGAAGUUAACAACGAAUGUGAAGCAUGGCCUUCCACACUUCCCAACACAGAUGAUAUUAACGGGCUGCCUUCACCAACUUUGACUCCUCGACCAGACAAUCCCAGCGACCCUUGGGUGGUGUGUUCCAAUUACUACGUUGACGAUACGGAUAUUCCAACUGCGGAUCAUGGUGGUACCUAUGCAGUUCCAUCUCGUGAGCCAGCGACCAAAUUGCUUAAUGUCUAUCUGACCUCUGUGCAUCCUUCAUUUCCAAUCAUUGGAAUUUCGACGUUUGUCUCCCAGUUUCAGGUAUUUUUCAGUCAGCCAGCUCUCAAACCGGGAAAUAAGUGGCUCGCCAUAUUGAAUAUGAUAUUUGCUAUUGCGGCAAAGUACGGCCAUUUGACCAAUUCAGAAUGGUUGGAUGAAGAUGAUGAUCAUCAGUUGUACUUUUCAAGGGCGCGGGCUUUGAGUCUCGAAGAUCAGAUCCUGCAUCAUCCUGAUCUGCAGCAGCUGCAAGUUGAAGGACUUACUUCGUUCUACUUGACUGGCGCGGGACAAAUCAAUCGGGCCUGGAAAUUAUCUGGGAGUGCAAUUCGUGGAGCGUUGGCUCUUGGAUUGCAUCUUCGUAAUGUAGGCGCGAGCACUUCUGAUACUUCCAAGGAGAUCCGAUAUCGAGUAUGGUGGUCACUGUAUGACCUGGAGCAUCUCCUGACUGUCAUGACUGGUCGUCCCUCGUGUGUUAUUGAUAGUUCUUGCACUACACCCAUGCCGGUACCUUUUGACGAAAGUGAUUUCCAGAAAGAAGAAGUCGCCCGACUAAUCAGUACAGAUAGACGAAGCUCCUCAGUUUACUACGACCAAAUGCCAGCCCGCAACAGCGCCGAGGACCGGGAGUCAACAGUGGACUCCGAAUCAAAUGAUGCGCCUGCAGAAAGCGAGAUAAAAAUGAACAGAGCAGAGUAUCUCAAGAGCCUGCCGCCAUGUAUUUCAUUCUACUUCCUGCAGCUGUCCUCAUUGACCAGCAUCUCCAAGCGGAUGACAGUCAAGCUCUAUAGCCCAGAAGCACUACAAUCACCAUUGGCAAGCACCGAGUUUACCAUCCAAAGCCUAAUGCUCGAGAUCGAUUCAUGGUUUAUGAACCUUCCCCCAGCUUACGAUUUCACCUCGACACAGACAUCCCAAUGCCCCAUCAACCAGCGCAUGGGUCUAGCAUUCCUAUUUUACAGCACCAAAAUCGGUAUCACUCGACCAUGUCUGUGUCGCCUAAGACAAGCCGAGUCAGAAGACGACAAGACACACGAGUUCUGCAACAAGACUGCCGCAGAGUGUGUCGAAGCCGCGUGCCACAUGAUAAUGUUGUUUCCUGAUACACCAGACGCAGCCCUGCUUUACCGCAUGGCACCAUGGUGGUGUACCCUCCAUUACCUGAUGCAGGCAGUCACAGUUCUCCUCCUGGAGCUGGCAUUCCGCGCCCAACACGUCCCCGAAAAGGCUACUGCGGUAUCUAAAGCAGCGAAAAAGGCAUUGGAUUGGUUGUCCGCUCUAUCAAUGACUAGCCUUGCUGCUGAGCGAGCCUGGAGGCUUUGCGAUGGAUUCCUUCAACGUCUAGCGCCACACAUUGGAAUCAAUGUCAACGAAGAGAGCUCUGCAAAUACUCUCUUCUCUGACACCAUAGACCCUAUGGGGAUGGAAGAUCCAACCGGUGAUUUGUCAUUGGAUGUAUCGGCUCAUUUACCUUCAACUGCAGCUGUCGAUGCUAUUGUCGCAGAGUUGAAUCCUAUCACCUGCUCGCCAAUGGAACAAUCUGAUACGCCGACUGGAAUGCAGGAGCCGUACGACCUCGAAGUACCAGAUCUUUUGGAUCAAUUCGUCAAGCAAGAAAAGGAUCUUUCGGAUCGCAGUCCUUACGAUGAGUAUUUCCCUUAUGACCCUGCUACAGGUCAGAUUACGGGUUCUUUCUUCCCAUCUGAUGGAAAUGUGGAUCUUGAUAUGGGGUAUUUCUGGGGUGAUCCUGUCUGCUGA